UCAGCUUUGGUUGCUGAGACCAAACUGAGCUGGGCUAGGACAUGAGAAAAGGCUGCCCAGUCACCUGGAGGGGCCUGCUUUGCUAUGUAAAGUGGCAAAAUAGUCCUGCUGUAUCUGAGUUUCCAUGCAAGCCAUUUUGCAUACUAAGGUGUAGGGAUCUUAAGGCACAUCUUACUGGAGAAGCUGCCCCUGUGUGCCAGGAGCAAUUGCUCUUCAUCUUCACGCCUUGUAGGUCAGAGAAGGAGAGCCUGCAAAGCAGCCUGCUGGAGGCUCAGCAGCACAUAUGGGAGCUGGAGAUGGCCAGGAGCCGUGUGGAAGCCCAAGUGCACAGGGCCAGGCAGGCCAAGGAGGCGAUACUGGAGGAUGUGAGGGGCCUUCGUUGUGAGCUGCUGGCUGUAAGAGCUCUCAGCCAGCAGCAAUGUGAAGACAUGGCUGAACAGCUCCGCUGGGCACAAGAGCAGUGCUGCAAGGCUCUCAGACUCUGGCAGUCUGCCCAGGAAGAGGAAAAAACGAAUCUCAUGCAAGAACUGGAGAGACAACUGGAAGAGCAGCAUGUGGAGGCACGGAAGCAGCUGGAGGAACGGGCAAACUUCCUGGCAGAGACCUCCUUGCUGUAUUGCACGGGCGGGGAAAUGAAGAAGAGAUCAUUGGGAAAAUCUUUGAUUCCCCGUCUGCGCAAGGCAGGAAUUCCCCCUGUGGGCAGUGCUGCUGGGUCUGUGCACAGCUCUCCCCAGAUGGAAUUGCAGGAGUCCCAGGAGAUGAGGCCAAGACCCAGCAGCAGAAGCCAGGAGAAGACCCCAGAGCAUGCAGCUCUGACUGGCUACCCUUCUGCCACGAAUCUUCCUGACACACGUCCUGCUUCACUGCUUCCCUUGAAGCCUUUGCCUCCCAUUCAAGAGAGCUCAUCCAUCAAUCUGAGCAAGAUGUAUGAUGGGGAGGAAGGGAAAAGGAAAAGUAGCACUGACAAUGAAGAUGUCAGAAGAAACAACGCGGAGCAGAGUUCAGAGGGAAAAGGACAUAAGACAUCCUUGCCUUCUCCUGUUGGUAAAGAAAUGAAGAAGAAAUCAUUGGGAAAAUCUUUGAUCCCCCGUCUGCGCAAGGCAGGAAUUCCCCGUGUUGGCAGUGCAGCUGGGUCUGUGCACAGCUCUCCCCAGAUGGAAUUGCAGGAGUCCCAGGAGAUGAGGCCAAGACCCAGCAACAGAAGCCAAGAGAAGACCCCAGAGCAUGCAGAUCUGACUGGCUACACUCCUGCCACGAAUCUUCCUGACACACGUCCUGCUUCACUGCUUCCCUUGAAGCCCUUGCCUCCCAUCCAAGAGAGCUCUUCCAUCAAGCUGAGCAAGAUAUAUGAUGGGGAGGAACAGAAAGGGAAAAGUAGCACUGACAACGAAGAUAUCAGAAGAAACAACGCGGAGCAGAGUUCAGAGGGAAAAGGACAUAAGACCUCCUUGCUGUGCUCCACUGGCGGGGAAAUCAAGAAGAGACAAUUGGGAAAAUCUUUAAUCCCCCGUCUACGCAAGGCAGGAAUUCCCCCUGUGGGCAGUGCUGCUGGGUCUGUGCACAGCUCUCCCCAGAUGGAAUUGCAGGAGUCCCAGGAGAUGAGGCCAAGACCCAGCAGCAGCAGCCAGGAGAAGACCCCGGAGCAUGCAGGCCUCUCACUGAGUCAGGCCAAGGAGACAGAUCAUCCCAGCAGUCCCGGUCUUAGGAGUGACAAAGAGCGGAGGGACAGCUUUGGAAAGACCCACGCUGAAUUGUGCAGAUUGGCUAAAGAGAACUUAGAGCUGAAGAAAAUGGAGAUUUUGAUGGAAGAGAUGAAGAGGAGACAAAAUGAAAAAUCCUUGCAGCUUCCUCCAGAGACAUUUGAGCCUGGGGAUGCAGCUGAAGCAAGCUUCAGCCUACCACCUAUCAAUGGCACAGCUCCCAGUGUACAGAGAAAAGACCCUGGUAGCGCCAUGAAGAAAACGGUCGUGAGAAAGCAGGACACGGUGCCCUUACAGCCCAGUACGCCCACCCUCCCUGGAGAUGGCAGCUUCCCAUGCAGCUCCUCAGGUAAGCCUGCUCCGUGGCAGCAUUUUCCUGCAGGGGUUUGUCCUUGCAAAAGGAGCACGAACUGCCUCCUGCCUCAGCCAGCACAUCUGGGAUCUUGGGUCCAUAGUCUGUAAUGAGAAUGAACAGCA